AUGGACAAUGAUGAAAGUAUUGGCAGCAGCGACAGGGGUUAUACAUCUAUUGACCCUGAACCCCAAGGCCCCGGUGGCAUUUCCACUCAGCUGGCCCCAGAAUUUUCCAGAAAACUGAGUUUUGUUGAGCAUCAUGAUGAUGAUGAUGCUCACAAUAACAGACAAGGUUCUGACAGUCAUCUGGGAGCACAGAUGUCGGCCAGUACACACACUGCUAGGAAAGCUUCCCCUGUCUUUGGUCCGACCCUUGGAGCACAGAUGUCUGCCAGUACACACAGUGUGGGAAAAGCUUCACCUACCUGCGACCCGAUGUUGGGAGCACAUAUGUCGGCUGGCACACACAGUGCUAGAAAGGCAUCCCCUGUCUGUGACCCGACCCCGGCAGCAGCUCCCAGAGAACACCAGCAGGCGUUCCUGUGCUCCUGCGGCGACAGUUUUGAGAAGUCGGUACAUCUGGCAGCACACCGACGCUGGACCUGCAGGUUCAAGGACAAAACAGCACAGUGCCAUGUCUGCCAAAACUGGUUUGCCUCAGAUAUGGGCCUGAAGCGACAUAUGAAACAUGCUCACGGAGGAGUCUACAGCUGCGACAGUUGCAGUCUGAGAUUCCCUAACAAAAUCAAACUGACUCGCCACUGGAUGGAGGCUCAUUAUGAUGAACGUGCAGACAAAGAAAAGACACUGAAAUGCUUCGAAUGUGGGGACACCAAUUUUGAGAAUAGAUUUGAACUGGAAUGUCAUCUUGUCUUGCAUAAAUUUGAGAAACAUCAGCAGAAGAUGGCAGAGGGUGUCUCUGCUUCUCAUCAAUCCCACAUCCACUUCUCUCCCUAUCCCUCCCCACCUUUCAUGCGCCCCAUGCGCCCACAUCACCCAUUUCAUCAUCCCUAUGGGUUCGGACCCCCUUGGUCACACUUCCCUUUCAGACCACCACCGCCAUCAAUGUUCCCAUUUAUGCCAUUUCCUCCAUGCGUACCAUUUCGGCCGCCAUUUCCACCACCCCCCUUUCGCUCUCAGUUUCCUGCAGGACCAUUUUCGCCAGGACAGGAGGACGGCCCCUCUGUGAAAUCAUUCACGACAAGCACAGCCUAUGGGACCGCCUCCAGCAGGACAGACGACUGUUCCCCAGGUGCUGCAGCACCAGCAGCACAAGUGCCUUCCCGCAGCCCUCACCAUAACCAUGAAUAUGUGGAGCCCACAGCGUUCCCUUGCUUGUUCCAUCACUCCUACGAUUGUACUCACACCAAGUGCCACCACCACAACCAUCACGAGCAUCAGCAGAAGAAGAAAUGGAAAAAGUAUCUCAAGUUAAUGUUGAAAGGCAAGGUGCCCUCACGGCUGUCCGGGCUGCUUCCACCCAAAGAUGAGAAGAGCCAGGAAAGGACAGAUAGUUGUGGCAAGGAGAAGGAUGCAAAUAUCUGCGAGUUCAAGAUGGCCUGCAAGUUUUGUGAUAAAAUCAUCGAGACAAAUACAGUCCUGUGGCACCAGAAAAAGGAGUGCCCUGUUCUGGCAACACAUCAAUGUGGUGUCUGUGACAGGGUGUUCAAAAAGAGGCAUUUUCUCAUCCGGCACAUGCAUGAACAGAACCAUUUGAGUGUUGGCACUAAUGCUGCUGCCCCAGGCAGUGUCAGCUCUAAUUGUGUGACCAGUCUGCAGGAGAAGAUGAAUGCUUCACUGCAGCUGCUGAAUGUCUCUGGGGAAGUAGACACAGCAGCUUCUAAGGAUGUGGUCAGAGAUGCAAGCUUGCUCUGCCCCAAAAAUGUGUCCUGUGACAUUGCAGCAAGUCAGCAGGUGUCAGGCAGCAAGAACUUCUGUGAGAACAUUGUUUGUGCUGAGAAUAGAGGAGCUGGGAGUUAUUUGCCAGAGAGAGCUGCUAGAGACAGUUUGCAGUGUCACACAUGCAGGUAUGUGUGUCAGUCCAUAGAAGAUCUGUCGGAGCACCUCAAGGAGCACAUAAGCCAAGUUCUAGCAGUACAGAAGGUCAGGGAGUGGACCACCAAGUCAUCUGAAUAUUUCUUCUUAGGACACCCUGAGGAUGAUGAUGAAAUAGAAGGGGCUGGAUCAUUAUUCACGGCAACGACCAGCUACUUUGAUUCCGAGAUCACCUCCACCGCUAGCUCAGCGGUGCAGGACCUCGGCAGUACGUUCUCCAGCCUGGACACCACAGGCUCCAGAGAUCCAACAUGGACUAAACCUCACAAAAAGCGAAGCAAACACAGACACAAGGGGGAGAUUACUGUGUGUGAGUUCUGUGGUGAAAAGUUUGCGUUCAGAAAAGACCUGCACUACCACAUGGAGACAAGCCACAAGGACAGCACCUUAGAGUGUCCCGUCUGCAAGAAGAAGUUCAGCUGGAAGAAGAGAGGCAAAUUUUACGAGAGACACCUCAACUCUCAUUACGGGGUGAAAAUAUUUAAGCACAAGUGCGAUGCUUGUGGGAAAACUUUCCUUGAAAACUCCAAACUGAGAGCUCAUAUGUCUCUUCACAACAGCGAGCUCCUGCACAAAUGUGCCGUCUGUGGAAAGGGAUAUGCCAAUAAAUCCAGCCUGGUCCGGCAUGAGCGCAAACACACCGGUGUCAAACCAUAUCAGUGCGAUGUUUGUCAGGAGAGUUUCAUGGAGAAGCGGGAGCUACUUAGACAUUCAACCACUCACACGGGGGUGGCUCCAUUCAAUUGUGAGGACUGUGGCCAGGGCUUUACACUCAAGACUUCACUGAUGUCACAUUACAAGAAGAAGCAUUCACUGAAAGAAAAGCUUCAGGAGUGA